CCCAACCCGGCAGCGCGGCGGCUCCCUCCCGGCGCCUUGGGCUCUCGGGUAUAUGUGUGCGCCUGGCCAUGUCGUAUCCUCAGGGUUACUUGUACCAGCCGUCAGCGUCCUUGGCUCUCUAUUCCUGCCCGGCGUACAGCACCAGCGUGAUCUCCGGACCCAGGACCGAUGAACUUGGGAGAUCUUCUUCGGGCUCCGCUUUUUCCCCUUAUGCCGGAUCUACCGCCUUUACCGCCCCUUCCCCGGGUUACAACUCCCACCUCCAGUACGGCACCGACCCGGCCGCCGCCGCCGCCGCCGCCUUCACUUCCUACGUGGGCUCGCCCUACGACCACACGCCGGGCAUGGCCGGUUCCCUGGGGUACCACCCGUACGCGGCGCCGCUCGGCUCCUACCCCUACGGGGACCCCGCUUACCGCAAGAACGCGACGCGGGACGCCACGGCCACCCUCAAGGCCUGGCUCAACGAGCACCGGAAAAACCCCUACCCCACCAAGGGCGAGAAGAUCAUGCUGGCCAUCAUCACCAAAAUGACCCUCACCCAGGUCUCCACCUGGUUCGCCAACGCGCGGCGGCGGCUCAAGAAGGAGAACAAAAUGACCUGGACCCCACGAAACCGCAGCGAGGACGAGGAGGAAGAGGAGAACAUCGACCUGGAGAAAAACGACGAGGACGAGCCCCAGAAACUGGAGGAGAAGGGGGACCCCGGGACGCCGGACACAGGAGCGGCGGAUCCCAAGGCAGCGCCGGGUUGCGAGCGCCUCCAGGAGUCCCCCGGCCCCCGGGAGGCCGAGAGCGGCCUGAGCGACUCGGAUUGCAAAGAACUAGCGGAGGAGCGGCUCGACGGGCCGCCCGUCCCCCACAAGGCGCCCGGCGCUUCCCCGCUGGGACCGUGCCCGGCGGGCCGCGGGCCGCCGCCGGCGGGCGGCGAGGAGCCCCCGCCGUACCGCCCGCCCUCCGCCGCCGCCGGGCCGCCGCACGCCGCCGACCUGCACCCGCUGCUGCCCGCCGCCACCGGCGCCUCCGUCAUCCACUCGCCGCAGCAGGCGGCCCUCGCCAAGCCCAAGCUCUGGUCGCUGGCCGAGAUCGCCACCUCGGCGGACAAGGCUAAGGAGGCCGGCGGCGAGGCGGCGCCCCCCGGCCCCGCCGUGCUGGGCGGCGGCGGCCCGUCCCGAUCCCCGCCGCGGCCGCGCUCGCCGGCCGCGCAGUGCCCCUUCCCCAACGGGGCGGUCCUGCCCCGACCGCUCUACUACACGGCGCCCUUCUACCCCGGCUACACGAACUACGGCUCCUUCGGGGCCCUGCACGGGCACCCCGCCGGCGGCCCUGCCGCCGCAGCCCCCGGCGCCCACUUCAAUGGAUUAAAUCAGACUGUUCUCAGCAGAGCCGAGAGCCUGGCUAAAGACACUAAAAUGAUCAGGAGCCAGUCCCAAGUAGACCUUUGCAAAGACUCACCUUACGAACUGAAGAAAGGUAUGUCCAACAUUUAAUAUCGGCUUCUCCUCCCUAACCCCUCCUGGGACUGUGUUUUUUUCCUCCUCUUUAUUUUUUUUUCUUUUUCUUUAUUUUUUUCCUUUUUUUUUUUUUUUUUUUUUUUUAAUUUAUUUGAGAGAAAUAAUAAAUUGCUUUGGCAGUUAUUUUUCCAGUACCAAAAGAAAAACAAAACAAACAGAAAAAGACCAGCUCCCCCCUCCCUCCCAGCACCCUCUUCAGAAGUUUAUAGAGUCUAUUUGAAAUGGCUGGGUGGAAGCCGCCCAGAAAUGUCUUAAGCAAGUGAAAAGCAAACGAGUGACACGCUCUCUCACACACACACAAAACAGAAAGAUUUGUAUGAAAUCUUAUUCUGUAUAUUUAAUGUAGCUUUUUUGUAUUUAAAUUGAUAAUACAGUAUCUUUGAAGUAAAUUAUGAAAUCAAGACAACUGUACAGGCAUUAAUGUUGUUUUCGUAAUAUAAAUAUAUACAUUUCUGUGUCUUUUUCCAAAUUGUUUAAUAGUUUUAAAAUAUAUAUAUACAAGUUUAAUUUAAUUUUUUAUG